CAAGGCAGUGUAUAUUUGCCUUCGAAACGCGUACGACGUGUUUACGAACGUCGCUCUCACUCUUUAUACAUAUAUUGAACCAUAAGAAAAAAAUAGUAUAACAUUAACAGUAAACCAAUAAUCAUUUAAAUUCGUUUUUGUUAGUCAUUUAUCACCGCACAUCGGCAAAUUUAGACAAAUAUAUGUAUCGCUAUGAAAAUUAAUAACUAUUUGUCGCCGCUCGAAGUGGUAUCAGUGUGAGGUUUCUAGUACUACAGUUCUGCACAGUUCAAUUUGACUCCAACGGGUCCGAAACAUCCAAAUUGGUUGUGUUUAUGAAGAGGAUAGUAAAGCAGCUAUCAUGGCAGAAAUUAUAUAUCACACUUCGAUGGCAGCGAAGAAAGUGUGACGUGAAGAGUGAAGUUAUCGACGGCAGUUUUUUUCUGGAGACCCAAGAAUAAAAUCAACGUGUUUCGUUCGACAACGAUCGCGACGGUUCAGAGGCCUGCUGUGAUUAUUAUAGUUUAAUGUUAUGUUAUUAUCCUUUCGGUCAACUUUACGCGCGGGCUGAUCUAUCUUUACCGUCAGCGAAGUAAUAGACGAGAGAGAGAGGAAGAGCAAGCGAGAGAGCGGACAGGAAGGAGAGCCUACUAUGUUGUAGAAUUUGUCCUCGUCGCACCGUACCACAUACACACACACCCUUACUCAUACUGACGGCUCCACAAAAAAAACCGCGCAUCGAAAUUGAAGGAACCUAGACAGUGUUCCGCGUGAGCGUGAUAAAUCAUUUCUCGCUCAUCACACGCGCAACCGACGACAUUGUGCAAAGAGCUCUCCUCGUUCGCUGAACCGAAAUGCAAGUAAUUAAUAAUCUUUUUUUGGCUGCUAAAAUUUCAUCGUCGCGGUAGACGUCGUGGGAUGUUUGUGUACUGUUUUUACUGUUCAGCGAACAUUUUUCGCAUACUUUUCGCAAAAACAAGAGACAAUAAUUUCGUUCGUUCGUGAAUAUCGUCGCGUUACGGGAGAGCAAGCGUAUGAAAAUACUGAUCAAAUUGAAUAAAUCACGUUGCAGCAAGUUGGGAUGAAACUGUGAUUCUAGUUUAACUAAGUGAAACGUAAUUUAGGAUUGUAACAUUCGAGGAAAACAAAGUAUACGUAAGUUGGGGGAGUGUAAAGCCAUUCACUGGAACUCGCUACUCGGUCAAUGUGCGUGUGUGAUAGUGUGGAAAAAGGAAAUUAUCAUUAAUCAAAUUCCGAGCGAAACGGUGAACACCUCAAGCAUGAAGAAAAUCUGGUGUAAUCCUGUCUAGGCGAGAGUAAAAUAUAUUUAUGUUUUCCCUAGUUUCAUUCCCUAAGUUUUCCCAUCGAUUGUAUUUUGAAAUGCCGCAACUUUGCAAUAUCGCGAUUUUCCAUGAAUAAACGGCGGGAGUGUUAUCGGUAUCACAAAAAGCUUAAAAGUAAAGCUUAACGUCGCGUUCUGGAACAAGUAGUGAACAAUCAUCGUAUACGAAAAGUGGCAAUAGAUAUAUACUGAGUGUGAGCAUAGGUGCAGUAGUUUUAAUUCGCUAGUGUCGGCUUUGGAGUGACAAAUAUCGAUAUCGACGGCCACACACAUCGUAAAGAUUGAUGGCACAACCUAGGUACGAUGACGGCCUGCACGGCUACGGAAUGGAUGGUGGCGCAGCGGCGAUGUACGAUCCACACGCUGGCCAUAGACCGCCAGGGUUGUCAGGUUUACCUCCACAUCAUUCACCUCACAUGAACCAUGCUGCGGCUGCAUCAGUCGGAAUGCAUGGGUAUCAUGGAACCUCUAGUCAUGUAUCACCAGCCACGAGUCACAUGGGUGCGGUGCAACCAGAUGUGCAUAAACGUGAUAAAGAAGCUAUUUACGGACACCCGCUAUUCCCUCUGUUGGCACUUAUAUUUGAAAAAUGUGAACUAGCAACGUGUACGCCUCGGGAACCAGGUGUUGCGGGUGGUGAUGUCUGUUCGUCAGAUUCCUUUAGUGAAGAUGUGGCAGUAUUUAGUAAACAGAUACGACAAGAAAAACCCUACUAUGUGGCGGACCCCGAAGUAGACUCAUUAAUGGUGCAGGCUAUCCAAGUGCUACGGUUUCACCUCCUAGAGCUCGAAAAAGUGCACGAAUUAUGCGAUAAUUUCUGUCAUCGAUAUAUUUCAUGUUUAAAGGGUAAAAUGCCAAUAGAUUUAGUGAUUGACGAACGGGACACCACCAAACCACCUGAGCUAGGCGGUGCCAAUGGCGAGGGUAGAAGUAAUGCAGAUUCAACAUCACAUACAGAUGGAGCUAGCACACCAGACGUUGUGAGUACCCCCUUCGCGGGAGCACAUGGUCCUAUAUUGGCGAGCUACAAUGCGGUGGUGCACCCAUGUUCGUAGUACGACUAUGACCUUCUUGCAAAAACGAAGCGGGUGCUCACAAUGCCCUGGGAUAAUGGCCAGAACUUCGCUUGAGAUCGCGCUGACUAUGCUUGAAUGUACUACUCUAGAUCAACAAAUUAAUAACAAUAUUACCAAAAAAAAUAAAGCGAAAAUCCGUUAGCAUUGAUUCAAAAUUUCCAGUUUAGAGAAGAAAAAAACGCUAGUAAACUCGUAUACGCCAAUGAAAAUCUGCAUUAACAUCUUACAAGUUAUUAACGCACUACUGAGAUGAUUAAUGAAGUUUGCAGUAUGUACAGAAGCUACAGUUACAGUCCAGGACACACAACUCGUCGCAUGAGGAAUUGAAAAUCCAUGUGUUCAAAACGUCUGGAUACGGAUAAUGAAACCAAAAAAAAACAAAGUUUAAGAACGGAUGUAUGAUAAGUGUGCAUGUUUCACAGAGAGAAAAACGGAGAGAAACAAUACAAACAAUGGUGACAGCGCAAAAAAAAAAGAAGACUAGGAAACAAGUCUGUGAGUGCAAACAAUCACACGGCUCAGGUGCAAUGCUUCCCUUGUGUGUAUGUAUAAUCUCGUUUUUCAUCUAGCAUAUAACAAUGCCUCGAACCAUGAAUCCUGUCCAUAACAAAGCUUGAAAACAGUGAGCGAGAGCGAGAGAGAGAGGAAAAAAGAGAGAAAUAAAUUGCAUAAAUCAGACAAUUUGAAUGGAUUGUUGUGGAUUCUGUACGUGCUGCAAACAGUUGAAUUUCAACAGCGUUCAAAGUAGAAGAGCAGGAAAAAGAAUUGUAAUACUACAUCUUAAUUACGAAUGCAAAAAUGAAGAAAUUAUACGGCAAAGACGUACGAAUCUGUAUAGAUUAUAAAACGCAACUUUAUAUACGUAAUUAAAGUAUGAGAAUUGAAAAUUUAUUAAAAAAACAAACAAUUUCUAAUUUUGUUGGAGGAAACAACAUAAAUCAGCUGUUAAGGAAAAAGCCAGGAAAAAAAUAUGAAGCAAAUAUAGCAUGUAACCUUCGUUUUUGCAAGAGGCCCAUAUAGCUCGCCAAUUUAAAUACCCGGAAUGAUUUGGCAACAAUGCGCGCGUGUGUGUGUACACGUGCCUGACAUGGCUAACCAUUUACAUCACAUACACUUCCAAUACACCUAUAUUUUCACAGAAUAAUCGAAUAGUAAGGAUUUUGGUACCCCGACGGCUGCGGCGGUUUUCCAUUUCAAUUCAGCGAAAACGCAAACUAUUCGUUGAGUUUUGUGCAUGGUUGGUCAUGAUUUUACGGAAUAAAAAAUUGCGCUCGCAGGUUCCUACGAUAAAUUUGCUCAAUAAAACGCGCGCUGCACUACAAGCAUCACCACACACACACACACAUCCAGUGUGCUAAUCAAUCGCACAUUGUUGUCAAAUGGUUCCGUUUUUGCAUGUAUAAAUGUAUUUUUCUUCUAUGACAAGGUAUUCUGUUGUGUAUUAUUUUUCCUCUAGACCCAAUAGUCAAUUUUUUUUCUCUUAUUUUCAUUCGAAUUAAACGAUAACUUUGUGACAAACACGGCAGGGCCAACUAAGUAGGCUUUGUUGAUAUUCUACUUUUUGUUUUGUUACAACCUUUAUCCUUUCCACACUAUUGGAAUUGAAGAAUCUCUUCCGUCGAUUAGCGGAAAAAAAGAUCAUCGAAUGCGGAAGCAGUUUGCUUCCGGAAAUCAUACAGAUAGAGAGGGAGAGAGUGUGUGUUAUAUUAUUGCGACAUAGUAUCUCCUAUUUCCAACUUCUAGAAGCAUAGAUUUAUAUAAAUAUAAGGCAAAAUCACUCAUAUUUCGCGGAAAAUCUAGAACAAAUUUAUGAUUUUUCGCAUAGUUCAUUUGUUCUACCAAUACCUGUUUCUACCCAUUGAGAAAGGGUAGUACAUGUUGGUGAGCUAAACGAAACAAAAAGAUGAUACAUUCAUUUAAGGAUGAACACAGACGAUAUACGUAAAUUAUAUGUGACUGAAAUUUUAUUUUUCUCUCGUAAUAGUAAUCUUCAGAGCCGAUAUCUCGCCGUUCGGUUUCUCAAAUACUACUCUUUUGAUCUAGCCGAAAUACGGUGGAUAGGUGACGACACAUGUAGAAUACGACAAACUAAUGUAUACGAUUUGGAAUCCUCAAUUGUACGUAAGCUACAUCUAUAUCUCAUCACAGUUGUUUUUGUUUUUCCUGUGCUGAACAAACUGGUUAUAUUUUUUUUCGAUGUCACCUGCGAUGUCACUUUUUAAGCGUAUCGUUUCAAUGCUAUUGCAAGAAUUGAAGCGUACACAAUGUAUACCACCUGAGCAAGAGGGGCAUCGAUAUAACGAUUCUAUAUGGGCAGAGACUAUUAAAUAGAUAUACAUAGUAUACUCACGUGACAACAACAACAAGAAAAAUUCAAUCAAAUCGUGAUUCACUGACCUAAAUUGUAAUGCUUCUGCGCUAAAACUAAAAGUGUAUUUCUCGCUUAUUAGUAUGAGAAGUUACAUUUCUAACUUUUCAUGGGAUACUUUUUCGUUUUGAAAUCUGUUGAGUUUAUAUUUCACGUUCACACGACGAUUUGCUGGCUUCUGGCAGUGACGAUGAGUCAAUACUGAACGAAGGAAGCAUCAGACACAAGUUGAGUGUAAAGUAAAUUUAAACGAAAACUAGAGUUUGUACCAAUGUUUCUCCGUUGAACCAACAUUCAAGGAGUGCUAAGCAAAAGAAAAAUCCAACCUUAUAUACAAUUUACCUAGAUAGUUUAUAAGUUGAGAUCUAAACUUAACAUGAUGAAAUGCGUAUACGAACUAUAUUUAAAUGAAACGGAUAACAAAACAAAAACAAACUAAGGGGAAGAACAAAAAUAUUUUAUUAUUGAAAUAUUUUUUGUAAGUAUGUAAUAAAAAAAAGUAUAUUUAAAUUAACUCAAUCUAUGAAUAAUUAAGCAAAAAGAGAAGAUAACCUAAAAUCAUUCUCAUGUAAGAAAUAGCUAAACUCGCUUCUAGCGGACAUACAAAAAAAAACAAUGAAUUCUUCUUGUAUCAGGAUACAACAGCGAACAAAAAAAAAUGAUGAUGAUGAUGGGAAGAACAAGCUAUAUGGGCAUUUUAGUUUGAAUCGUAAGAAUAUCAGACUCGAGCAUGGGGAACACUCCCUUCCGCUUGAAAAACAAUAAUUAAAAAAAAAGAAGUAACAAGCAAACAAAGAAAAUCAUACUGAGUAUACAAAAAACGUAAAAUUUGUGAUUUUAAUUUAUAUUACUCUAGAAAAAUGUAAGCAGUGAAUGUUUUAGACAAUUUUCAUUAUGUUUGGCAAGGCAUGUUCUUUUUUCGUCGUUAUGAUUUAUUAUGAUAGCUGGCCAUUGGAAAACAAACCAAGUAAAAUCUAUCCAUGUGCGGGUUCCGGUAGAUGCUGUGAGAGUAUAUGCGCGGAAGGGUUCUGCUCUGUGUAGUAAUUCAAUUUUGUGUUCAAGAACUGACCGUUGAAAAUUGGUCCAAAAUAUGUUGCUUAAUUUGAUUGGAAAUAUUUAUUCGCGCCAUUUAGAACACAUCACUUAUCAUAGAUAAGCCUUGUUUUAGUCUUGCUUUUUGUGACUUUUGUUUUGAGAGGCAUCCCUGACUGAAUACAUGCCCACAGGCCGCUACCGGAAUUGGAUAAAGCACAUACCCACACACAGGCAAACAAAAGAAAAAGAAAAAAAAAGAACAAACGCGUAAGAGAUAGCUUUUAGUUAGCAUUUGUCUGUUUUUAUCAUUCUUAUUAUAAUGUCUAUUGAUUAUUGUAAUUUUGAUUUUUAUAUUCUAUGCAGCGUAACAUAAAAUUAUCAAAAUUUAGAAAAGAAAGGAAGAAAAAGCAAAUCUGAAAAAUCUGCGGCCCGGUUCGGAUGAAUUUGGCCGGGGUUGUAACAUAUAAAUAUUGAAUAUAUAUGAAUUAUUUUUUAACAAAAUAAAUGUUUUGUUGUUACAAUAUACAA